ACAGAUGAUUUUACUACGACCCACAAACUCAAUUGCAUUAAAAAGGUGCGAUUCAUUACUAAGUCAACAUUGUUCGGACGAACAAGUGAAGAAAGAGGGAAGAAGAAAAUCUUUGGUUGGGGCGGCCAUAAAGAACUAAGCUUUACACCUACGAACAAGUUCAUCUCAUCUAUUAAGCAAAAGGUGGGACAAUAAGCGGAUUCUUUGGGAGUUUAUAUCUGAAAGAUAAACAAAGGGUUUUCUGUUUGGUUUGAUCGAGACAUUCGUGGUGAUUGAAGCUGAUCUGUAGAUUUGACUUUCGAUUCCUCGCUUUUCAGAUGAGAAUGGGGGCUUUCUUUUCCCCAUGUUUCAAUUAGCAAAUACAUGUGAUUCUGGGGUGGGUUUUUGUUGAUUAAGCCCAGAUAUGUUCAAGCAGUUCCUUAGCAAGCUUCCUCGAAAGAGCUCGAAAUCAGGAGGCAACCAUGAAUUGUCAGGAAAUAGUUUAUCAUCUUCAAACGCUUAUGCCAACUCAAAGAAUAACAAUAACGGAAAUAGCAAAACUGGAGAGGCAAUUAGCAGACCAGUUUCCAGCCAAUAUUCUGGUUCUAACGCAGUCCAAAAUCAAGGAUCAGUUGGUAUAAACACCAGACUGAACAGAAAUCCAAUCUUUACUUAUGAAGCACUGCCAGGUUUUCGGGAUGUUCCAAACUCUGAGAAGCAGAAUCUUUUCAUCAGAAAGCUUAACAUGUGUUCUGUCAUAUUCGAUUUCACCGAUCCUACUAAGAAUAUCAAGGAAAAAGAGAUUAAGCGUCAGACAUUACUGGAGCUAGUAGAUUAUGUCACUUCUGCGAAUGGGAAAUUCCCAGAGAAUGUUAUGCAAGAGGCUGUGAAGAUGGUAUCAGCUAAUAUAUUCAGAGCACCCACUCCUCAACCACGUGAGAACAAAGUAUUGGAAGCUUACGAUUUGGAAGAAGAUGAGCCUGCCAUGGAUCCUGCUUGGCCUCAUUUACAGAUUGUAUACGAAUAUCUUCUAAGGUUUCUCGUUUCGCCUGAAACCGAUGCUAAGCUGGCUAAAAGGUAUAUAGAUCAUUCCUUUGUCCUUAAAUUGCUGGAUCUGUUUGAUUCUGAGGAUCCUAGAGAAAGGGAAUACUUGAAGACGAUACUACAUAGGAUCUACGGGAAGUUCAUGGUGCAUCGGCCUUACAUCAGGAAAGCUAUAAAUAACAUAUUCUAUAAUUUCAUUUUUGAGACGGAAAAGCAUAAUGGGAUUGCCGAACUUUUGGAGAUCUUGGGGAGUAUCAUUAAUGGAUUUGCCUUGCCACUCAAAGAAGAACAUAAGCUCUUUCUUGUAAGAGCUUUAAUUCCUCUGCACAAACCAAAAUGUUUAGCCAUGUAUCACCAGCAAUUGUCCUAUUGUAUUACUCAAUUUGUAGAGAAAGACUGCAAGCUCGCUGAUACAGUUAUUAGGGGUUUGUUAAAGUAUUGGCCGGUCACCAACAGUUCGAAGGAAGUGUUAUUUUUGAAUGAGUUGGAAGAAGUUCUUGAAUUAACUCAACCUCCCGAAUUCCAACGCUGCAUGGUACCACUGUUCAGACAAAUUGCUCGUUGCUUGAAUAGUUUGCAUUUCCAGGUGGCAGAAAGAGCCUUAUUCUUGUGGAACAAUGAUCACAUUGACAACUUGAUAAAGCAAAAUCGAAGGGUUGUUCUUCCAAUUAUAUUCCCAGCACUGGAGAAAAAUGCUCAAAAUCACUGGAAUCAAGCUGUCCACAGUUUGACACUGAAUGUUCGCAAGAUUUUCUUUGACUUCGAUUCAGAUUUAUUCAAAGAAUGCACCGCAAAGUUUCAAGAAGACGAACUGAAGGAAGAAGAGGCAAAGGUAAAGCGCGAAUCCACUUGGAGGCGAAUGGAAGAAAUUGCUGCAGCCAAAUCUACCAACAAUCAAGCCGUGCUUAUGCCAAAUUUAGCACGCUUACGCAUUUCUUCGGUUUGAGUGUUUGUUUGUGGGUUCAGGCAGGAUAUUUGGAUGAAGAACUACUACUUGUAAAGAGAAAUUGAAUCUAUGGCCCAAGAUGAAUGAAUGAUUGACUGUGGCUUACUAUUAUUAUUAAUUAUUAUUAUUAUUAUGUCAAAACUAUUACAUUUGCCCAUUUUACUCAAUGAUUUGGUGUCUAUUUAUUGUAAUUUUCUCUUGAAAAAACAGUUGGAGAUUAGUUAUUACUAAUCUCUUUCUUUCUUAUCCAACACUUCAUUAUUUAGUAUUACUAGUUGUUUGCAAA